AUGUCCGAUAUUGAAGACUAUACCUACUCCCCCUAUGACGAUCUUGAGGACAUCCUGUGGGAUGCGGAUCCGACGCCAGAGUUAGCCGACGAUUUGGCCGAGCACGCAGUACACAGUCCUGUGUAUCAAGAGGAAGAUGCUGUCAAGAACGAGAUGAGUGAAUAUUUUAGCGACUGGGAGUACUACUCGGAUGACUACAUGGAUGAUGAUCCGACGCUAUUGAGAAAGAUCCCUCAACCUGCCCGUGGGAAAAACACUCUGGUUGCUGCCCAGAACUCUCGAAGGGGCAAGAAGAGGAAGCUGAUCGAGACAAUCGACGUCCUUCCUUCGGGCUUGGAUGAGGUCAAACUGUUAACCAGUAGCAUCAAGGGCACAAUCUGGGCCCAGCAAACUGGCCAAAAGAUUCCAGCCCACAAAGAUGAACAAGAGAAGGUCGCUCUCAUGAAGAAUUGGAAGGACGUUUUCGCGAUCAAGGACAAUGGCUGGAAUCAAUCAACAGGACAAGCCGAAGACGACGAGAGUUGGGCAAAUGAGAUGAGUCUAGCAGAUAUGGGUCUCAAACAUGUGCAGCGGCAGCCGUCCUUCGAUGCCACCAAUCAAGAUGCUUCGGCUGAAAUCGAAGAGGACGACGAGGUAGCAGAAAGCAUGGCAGAAGAACCCUCUGGGGAAGAACAUGUCGAACAGGCCAUUAGUUCGAAGGAAGACCCUGGGCCAGAUGCCACAAACUGUCGCGAUGCAAUUGUGGGCAAAAUAGACGACGAAAGAGUGAAAGGCUACGGUCAGGGCGGCCAGGAUCUGGGAUCAGGUGGUAGAGUCUCACAAUCGGGAGUCCUGGUUGAAGAUGAGAUACCUCGAAAACGGCGACGGGUCAAGGCCGAACUGCCUUCCCCGCCAGACUCGAGUGAAACCGUGGUUGUUGACGCGAAUGAUCCGACGGCCAUGGUCAAUGGAAAAGAGCUGAGGCGAGACAGACCCCCAGACAUCCACAGACCCGGCUCUCGAAGGGAGAACAAAAGAAAAGCAACGGACGAGCUCGACGAGGUUGACCAUACCAACUCAACUCCCAGCAACCGAGCAAAGAGAGUCGCCUCGAAAGCCGCCACCACACGUUCGACACAUUAA